AUGUUCGGCAACCAAACCUCCGGGUUCGGUGGCUUCAACAGUGGAGGCACCUCCAACUCCCCAUUCGGUGGAGGUGCUUCUGGAGCCACCAAUUCCGCAUUCUCGGCGUCGAACAACACCGGCUUUGGCUCAUCUACCUCCAACAACAUCUUUGGCCAAAACUCCAACGCCGGCAGUGCUUUCGGCACCUCCACUGGCAACAGCGCCUUCGGCCUGAACAAUGCUGGUACCACUUCUGCAUUCGGCCAGCCAAGUAACUCUGGUUUCGGUCUGACCAACGGGUCCAUGUUUGGACUGAACAACCAAACAAACACCGGCUCUGCCUUUGGCGCUUCCACCAACAAUGCAAACACUGGAGGUGGUAUCUUUGGAGGCGGUGCUGCCAAGCCCUUUGGAUCAACUUUUGGCACGCCUCAAAACAACUCCAUCACUCCUUUUGGAGGGGCAGGUGCUGCUUCCUCUGCCUUUGGUUCCGGUGUUGAUCCCAAUGUAAACAACGGUACUGCGGCCACUCCUUUCACUGAAACCGUUGAGAAAGACAGUUCUGGAACUAAUAAAUUCCAGACCAUUUCGAUCAUGCCUCAGUACAAGAACUUCUCCGUAGAGGAAUUGAGAAAGGCUGAUUAUGAUCAAAACAGACGAUACGGAACAGGAGCAGCUGUUGGUGGUGGCUUUGGCACUACACCUACUGGCGGAAAUAACUUAUUUGGUGGUAACGCUAACAAUAACAGUUCAGCUUUCGGCGCCUCGACCACCUCGGCCUUUGGCCAAAACAACAACACUGGCGGGUUUGGCCAAACUAACAACGCUGGAACAAAUGCUUUCAGUGGAGGUUCUGGGGCCUUUGGUGCAAACAAUGCAACUGCUGGUGGCUCUGCAUUCGGCGCUAGCAAUAACACAGGUGGUGGCUUCGGCGGAGCUUUUGGCUCCAACAACACCUCUGCUUUUGGGGCUAACAAAACUUCGGCUUUUGGUUCGACUUUAGGUAACACUGGUGGAUUUGGUUCCCUCAACAAUAAUAACUCGUCCAACACCGCAUCAGGUGCUUUUGGUUCUGCUCUCAACAACAGUACCGGCAACUCCCCCUUUUCUCUGAACACCACCAACAACGCUUUUGGAGCAGCAAACAGUGGUUCUCCAUUCGGCGCAGCAAACAAUAACCUGGGUGGUCUUUUCGGAAACGCUAACAACAACAACAACGCUUCCGCAUUCGGCAACAACAAUGCUGGAAAUACAGGCAGCGGAUUCAUGGGCGGUUCAUCUGCGUUUGGAAACAAUAAUAAUGCAGGUGGCAAUUCUUCGGGAGGUCUCUUCGGUAACUCUGCCAACUCUGGGUUCGGCGCAAAGCCUGCGUCUGGUGGCCUUUUUGGUGCCAGUAAUAAUGCACAACAAAGCUCAUUUGGACAAAAUAACACAGGUGGCGGGUUGUUUGGACAAAGCAACAACAAUGCUAACGCCAAUACUGGUGGAUUGUUCGGUCAAAGCAACAACACUAACUCUGGAGGUCUUUUUGGUCAAAAUAACAAUACAACCCAAGCUGGUUCUACUAGCGGUUUGUUCGGACAAAACAAUAACACUAACUCCAUGAAUAAUACUACUGGAGGUUUAUUUGGCCAGAACAACAAUACAAAUAACAAUACUGGUGGAGGUCUUUUUGGCUCGAAACCAGCAGGAACCACAGGUGGAAUGUUUGGCGCCUCUAAUACCAAUACGGGUACUACCGGUUUUGGUGCUGGGCAAUCAAACACUUCCGCUGGUGGUUUGUUUGGUAAGCCAGCAGCAACAAACACAAGUGGUGGCCUUUUUGGUGGUAGUGCUAAUAAUAAUACCGCAGGAACCACCGGAGGAUUAUUUGGCGCAAACAAUAAUAAUUCAACCGGUGGAGGUCUCUUCGGUAACCUGAACAACGCAGCAGGGACUAGUACUACUGGUGGAGGUCUCUUCGGCGCCAAGCCUGCAACUGGAGGAGCUGUUGGAGGUGGUCUCUUUGGUGGAAACCAGAAUACUGCAAACAACACCAAUACGGCUAGCAACGGUAUGUUUGGAGGUAGCUCUUUGUUUGGACAACAGCAAAAUCAGCAACCACAACAACAACUUCAAUCUCAACAAGGUCAACUGCUGAUACUGCAAUUGGGACAAGCUCUGCAACCUUUGAUCUGUGGACCAAUGCCUAGCCUUCUUACCCGUGAUCCAUAUGGAAACGAGCAAUUGUUCCAAUCCAUCACGGGUGUGAAUGGUAACAAUCCAAAUGCACCAUUAGCUGUAGCGGUGACUUCGCGCCCAAAGAAACCGUAUAGCUUGUCUAGCGUUCAUAGAUUGGAGCCUCUAUUUACGCCUAAAAAGGCCUUUGCUUCUACCGAAAGCAAGAAGAUUGACAUUUUUGCGCCAGAAAACUCCUUGUCCAGUAAUCAAAUAUCCGCCAACGCUGCUAUCGAUAAGGCAAUUCAGUCCAGCGACUUAUUCGCACCUAAAAAGGAUUACAAACAACUUGUGUUGAACUCUGUUAAGGAGUCGUCAUCUCACAAUCUCAUUGAGGCCAAAUCAGAACCACCUAAGCGUGUAUCCUUUGCUUUGGCUACAAACAACGAUACUCCGGCUGUCAAGGAGGUGAUUAAGGAUUCUGCGCCAGAGGAUGAAGUGGAUGAUGAUGGUUACUGGACCUCACCAACAAUGACAGAGCUCAGAAAAAUGUCGCCUGCUGACUUACGGAAGGUCAGUGACUUCACAGUGGGCCGCAAGUACUAUGGAAAAUUGCGUUUUACAAAGCCAGUCGACUUGAGCUCAUUCAACUUGGACGACAUCUGCGGGAACAUCGUUUUGUUUGGGUCCAAGAAUGUGGUGAUCUAUCCCGAUGACGAUCCUCCAAGAGAGGGAGAGGGAUUGAAUAUUCCUGCCCGGGUUACUUUGGAGGGUUGUUAUCCUACAAACAAGAAAACCAAAUUGGCUAUUCUCGACCCCGAGGAUGAGAUGGUGAAGCAGCAUAUCCAGCAAUUGAAAUCUUUGCCGGAUGUUCAUUUUGUCAAGUACGAUCCACCCUCUGGAGACUGGACCUUUGACAUUGACCAUGUAUAA